CGCCACAGCGAGGGCGUUGCGCUGCGGGCGGCGGGGUCAAAGUUCGACGGUCGAGGCAUCGUCGAACACCGCUCGGCGACGGGUGACGUCACCAGCUCUACCUCAAAACUCACCCUCCGCUUAGAAGAGGGUGUUGAUGGAAGCUGGGAGAGACGCAACGGGAGUCACGGACGCGGACCGGAGGCGGACGGAGACCCGAUAGCGACGCUUGACCAGUGGGGACUCGUCGUCACACUGGUCGUCGUCGACUACCUGCUCUUCCAUGUUCCACUCACGGCAGUGAGCAUCCUAGGCGCCGUGUCGCUGCCCACUAUCGCCCCCUACCGGACACUAGUGGAACAUGUCGCCAUCUGGGUACUGACGGCCAAGGGACUGCUGUUGGCGAUGAUUGUGAUUCUUGGCGAUUCUCGCUACAGGAGAUUUGCGUGUAGCUGUAAACGCAGGACCGCCAGCAGCCCAGGUAGAGGCAGAACACUCUAGCAAACCGCCGAAAGGUAGGAAGCGACAGCCGGCUGGCACGGUGGACCAGCGCAGCAAAAAAUCCACCAAGAAACAGAAAUCGUCAAAGCAGAUGGCCGGUGACAUCCCCGCGCUGUAUGCUUACGUAAACAAAGCAUUCAGUGGCAGUGAGGAAGAUGAGGACAUAGAAGAAGCCACGAAUAAACGGGCAGGAAGCUGGAUGCAUCGCAGCGGCACCCUGGAAGAUCUCAACGCUGACAUGGAAGGCUCGUGGUUUGACAUGGAGGACCGCUUUCCCGACCAGGACAGCAACUCAGACAUGGAAGAGGCUGCCGCUCUGAGCCAGACCUCAGACAUCGCCGUCGUCCUCAACAAAUGUGACAGCCACCACCGGAUGGCGCUGUACAAGUUGACAGCCGACGCCGAGGACGUCGUGAGGUUGUUCCCGCCCGGCCGGGACGCCGACGACGACGCCGCCGCCGCAGCACCCGUCUACAUCAUUCCCGUGAAGAACUGCGGUGCGAUGAACAUAUACAGACUAGCUCUGCAGGAGCAGCUGACGAUGACGGGAUCCGCAGGCAACCUGACUCGCGGCGAUGCCAUGCUCGGAAGCAGAGACUUCAGCACGCUAACGACUGGCAUCGGCAGCGACGACGCCGAGUCGGACGACGGCCGCGAGAUGGCGCUGCGGCGGCGCGAGGUGGCGCCACCGGUGCGCGAGGCCGUGCGCGCCGCCAUGAUCGCCGAGCUGUAUGCAGACAUGGCCGCCGAGGACGGCGACGACAGCGGUCACGAGACGACGGUCGAACGCAUCGCGCGCGGAAUCUCCUGCCAGGGUGCGCCGCCGCGGCGCGUGGCGUACGUCGGGCGGCGGGUGUCGCGCCGCGAGUCCGUGAAGAGGGCGCUGUGCGUGGCGGACAUGUUGAGUCGGUCGGCGGAAGACGGAUCGGCGCGGAGCCGCGAGCUGUUCGUGGUCGGCGGUGGCGCCACCCAGUGUCACGGCAAGUCAAACAAGGAUGCCUGGCUGCUGAACUGGGAGAAGCUUCUCGGGAAGCUGACGAUACCGGAGGAGGUGCUUGAGAAGCUGCGGGAAUCGUGCAGGAGGCGCGACGGGGAGGGACUGUCGGCCGUGAGCGGAGCUGACAUGACAAUCGGCGCAUAUUUCUAG